AAAUAUUUAGUUUUAAAUUUUUCAAAAAUUUAAAAAAUUCCAAAAUUGAGGAUUAGAAUUUUAAAGCCUCCUCAUGCUUCUAUAGCACGUAGUAUAUUUCCUUUGGAUUCGGUUUGUGUGGUUGAUGAGGUAGUUUAGGUGAGUCACCCAUGACUCACUAGCGGAAGAAUGGUUGAUGAGGUAGGUUAGGUGAGUCACCCAUGAGUCACUAGCAGAAGAAUCUUGGAGUUGGGAAGCAAAAUAAUUAAUUAUAGGAGGGGUGAGCGGCGGAUGUUGCGUCCUUCUCUUCUGCCGAUACACACAGGCGCUCGAAAAGAACUGUACUGAUCGCGAAGCAAAAAUUAUUUUGGGAGUGAGGGACAGAGACGGAAGGGGAAGGGUUGGUGAUGGAGGGAAUGAGCGUAAUCAAGUUUGCGAUCGGGGACGCAGUGUUGACUUCCAUGUGGGUGUUCUGCGCCGCCACGCUGGGGGCGCUCACCUCUGUCUUUGCAUCAGCCCUAGGGAUUCAAGGCUGGCCAACUCUCCUCAUCACCACCCUCCUCGUCUUCAUUCUCGUUUUUGUGUUCGGCUUCAUCGGUGAUGUAUUGGGCGGUGCCAGCUUUAAUCCCACUGGUACCGCCGCCUUUUAUGCCGCCGGUGUUGGGCCCGACAAUCUCUUGUCCAUGGCCCUCCGUUUCCCUGCUCAGGCAGCGGGUGCUGUGGGUGGCGCUCUUGCUAUCAUGGAAGUGAUGCCAACACAGUACAAACACAUGCUGGGGGGGCCUUCCUUGAAAGUUGAUCUGCACACUGGGGCAAUUGCCGAGGGGGUGUUGACCUUCAUAAUUAGCUUUGCCGUGCUUCUUAUUAUUCUAAAAGGUCCUAGAAGCCUACUAUUAAAGAUGUGGUUGCUUGCCAUGUCAACUGUUACAUUGGUUGUUGCAGGUUCUGCUUAUACUGGACCUUCCAUGAAUCCUGCUAAUGCAUUUGGAUGGGCAUAUGUAAAUAAUUGGCACAACACAUGGGAGCAGUUCUACGUGUAUUGGAUUUGCCCAUUUGUUGGAGCAAUAUUGGCGGCCUGGGUCUUCCGAUUUCUUUUUCCUCUGACGAAACAAAAGAAAGCAUGAGGAAGGCAUCAUACCGCAUAUUUUUUAUCAGUAAGUUAGUUCAUGUGUUCACUGUUUAGGCUUUCUACAGUGGUAGUAAAUAAGAUAGGUGUUACCAACUCUCAUUUUACUGCUGGUUGUCUUGGGACUGUCUUCUGUUAGUGAUACAGCUUUGGAUAUUGCAAAAAGUAUGUGGAUAGUGGUGAUUGUAUUUCUAUUUUGGAACUGUGAAUAUUCUACCUAUAUGAUGCCCCUUGUAUUUCUCUAAAAUCAAUGGGUGGGCCUUUGUGUGAAGGCCGAAAAGAAUAUAAAUAACAGCGGAAGUGGGCAUCCCUCGUCUUCUUCUUCUAUAUUACAA